UGGGCAACGGGCAUUAUCCAGGGGCGACGCUCAGCAUCACGAGAAACCUGCAAGGCUAAACUCGCGAGACGAAUAUAGAUUAUGCCACCCGGAUACAAUGCUCAGGAGGCGGGUGCCGGCCAUCCGAGUUGCGUGGCCGAUGGCCCUACUCGACCUUAUAUCUACCUUGCUGCGUCCACGAGCCUGUUUCUUCGCAGCAAAUCUCUAUCGGACGGAAGAUCGACGUCUUUCUUUUAAGCAAAACACGUCAAUCUUUGCUGUUUGUCGAACACAUCCCCAUCUCCACUUAAACGAUCCCGAACACACGCUUCCUUGGAACAAACGGUCCACCACGCAGGCCAACCACACCAAAUCCUGCUGCUCAUCUUGUGCCCGGCGUUUAAUACUUUGGAUUCCUUUCAGCAGCGUUCUUGGCGUCAUACGUAUUAGACUGCCUCCCCCUAAGCCUUGACAGGUUCUUGGCAAAAACGCCUUCUUUUUCGCUCCUCGGAUAGUCGCCGCCUCUCCACUGUUAUUUCCGUCUACUCCUCCCCAACGGGUAAAAAGGCACACGACUAAACAAAAAUACCGCCUAUUCCAUCCGUUUUUGUUUACUUCUUGUCUUGUUCAAUAUCGGCAGUCUUUCUCUGUUUACACAGAAUUCGCUCUCUAUCGCCCAUAUUUGAGAAAAAGAGCAACAUGAGACUACAGUGGACAGCCCUUGCCGCUCUCCUCCCUACUCUAGCCUUUGGUGUCCCCCACGAGCGCCGUGGUGAGCCUAGUAGAAAGCAUUUCGAAGAGGCUGGAGGGUCCCUCGAACUGCUGCACUACGAUGUUCGCUUCUUCAAAAACGAGAUCGGAUACCAAGAGCACCGCUACGUCCUGCGAGAUGCCAUCCGCUCAUACCUCGAAGUCCUCAACUCCCACAACGUCGAGACCUGGCUGGCCCAUGGUACUCUGCUCGGAUGGUGGUGGAACGGCCAGAUUAUGCCCUGGGAUUACGAUCUCGAUGUCCAGCUUUCACAUACAGCCAUGCAGUGGCUUGCUGAUAACCUCAAUAACACGAAGCAUGACUACAACGGCACCGCCAUGAACGGCGACCCAGUGAAUAGAACAUAUCUGCUCGACAUAAACCCUCACCACUCGGAUAUGACAGUUGGCGACGGCCAAAAUAUUAUUGACGCCCGUUGGAUAGACACCUCCAACGGCAUGUUCAUCGACCUCACAGUCGUCCGAGAGCGCGACACCAACAGGCCAGGCGUCUGGAGCUGCAAGAAUUACCAUUAUUACAACACCGAGGAUCUCUGGCCCAUGCGCCUUACGGACUUCGAAGGUGUUACUGUCAAGAUUCCCUACAAUUUUGAGAAAAUUCUCAUUGACGAGUACUCUACCGGAGCACUUACCAAUGAAGACUAUCACGAACACAAAUGGGAUAAAGACAUCAAAGAAUGGGUCAAGUCUAGCCCAGACGACCAGGAUGCCAAGGACCAGCGCCAGGCUGCGCUCCAACGAAAGAAAACACAACUCAAGGCCCAGGGCCGCCUCUAAGAUACCCCCUUCCUCUCGAAUUAAGCGCUGCUGCCACCUUUUUCGCACGUUACGUCAUUCAACGGCCGUUUCUUUAUCAUUGUAUCAAUGAAUUGUAUAUUUACCAACUGCACUAUCGGGCGUUUUAUCUCUACAUGGUCUUUCUAUUGCGACCGCUCGGCCUAUGCUUCUGUAUUUAGCUGGGGAGCGCUUACACACCGGCGUUUGAGCUUCAAUGGGUACCAAAAUCCCGUUUUGAUUAUUAGAUUUAUAUAAAUGCACAUAGAAUCCAAUAUUAUUCUAUAAAAAAAGAACCCAGUAUACAAAAUAUUCUAUUUUGUUAGCCAACGUUUCCACGCCUCUAUGUGACUGCUCUCAUUCUCGGAGAGUAAUGUUCGUCUGCCUAGGGUUUGGCGCCGGCCCAGAUCUAACAGAGGGGCCAUACUUGGCCUUCCAUGAGCGCAUUGGAAUGGGAAAGCACAUUUGGCUAGCCUCUGGAUCAAAUCACAGCAUUCGUCAUGAGUCAGCACGUCGUUGAACAUGAUUGCGCCUAUUGAUGUUAGUUUCAUGUUCUCGGCGAGAUUCGAACGCGAUACCUACUACGACAAGAUCUGGAUUGCAAUAGCUCAAGAAUCCCGCGUGGGCAGGCUUGGAAGUUUGGCAAAUGUCCAUUCAUCGGUUCCCCCAUACACUGACUAGACGAUGGUGGUGCCGUGCUGCCUUCUUUCCAUGCUUCGCUGCGGAGGAUUCCAACGAGCAAAUUGGCUUCCGACCUACAGCGUGCGAGGAUGGCUGGCGAGAUUGCUGUGACUCUGAUAAUAGUGGAUUUUGGGGAUUCGGUAUUUGUGCUUGUAUCCAUAAUGUCUUCCGUAUCUACGUUGUCAAUUUCAAACGAUAUACCCCAAGACGCGAGAUAGUGCUGUCGCCGAGCCAGAAGUCUCGCCUCGCUUGCGGAUAUCUCGAUAGUUAUUGGAGUCUCCAGCUUUUCUAAUAUUGCGGUUAUGGGUUCUCCGUCAGAUGACGAAAAGUAUGAAGCCAUAAGGUCUUCGAGACGAAACCGCUCGUCCGCUGCAUGUUGAUCAACAAGGACCAGUGUCGACGCUCCGGAUCUUAUCGCACCAAAACCAUCGACCUCUAACGGCAGCUUCACAAGGAUAAACUUUUCAUCGACUUGAGCUAUAACGGUUGCUGUUGCCAAUGCCGACUUCGAUAGUUGUCCGUUCAAGCCCAGAGCUCCAAUGUCAUGGUCAAACCCACAAGCAUCUUUCCCAUCAGACCGAACCAGCCCUCUUGCAGUCUCAGUUGCUGGAAUUUGUAAUCCCGUCAAGUCAAAAAUUGGGUUCUUCCAGGUAUCCAACGCCCGCUGUAUCCACGAACCGGGUUGGCUGGUUGGCAUUUCACUGGAAGAAAGCGCCGCUUCAGAGCUUCCGGCUAAAGAAACGUCAAAGGGGAGUCUUAGCAAUCGCCCGUCAGUGUCAACAAGCUUCUCUGAAGACUUAUUACUGUCAUAAUGUUUCUCGUUUUUCCCGACGGGUACUGUUGAAGUAGCGUUUCCCACUAUCCAAUGACUCCAACGAGACAAUGAAGGCUCUUUUGUACUCUCAAGCUGCUUCGCCUCAGCCAGUCGCACAGAUCUGCGAGGGUUUUCCUGCUCCAAGAGUCUUUUGAUCGGUUUCCGAGGAGCUUUCGGUCGAAAGUGGUGCUUUUUUAAGAACCCGUAGCACAUAGCUCGUAAAAGCUGCAACAAUGAACCAAGUCUCCAGUCGCCUUCAAUUAAACUGUCACAGCUGUUCCCUAACCUUGGGUUGGUGAAUGUGACUUGCAAAAAGAACACUGGCCACUUGUCCAAGCUCUUCCUGUUUGUGACCUUUUCCAACCCAUCUGUUCCGGCGUCAUUCUUAUUCAUGCCAAAAUCAGAGCUGGCAAAGGCCUUGUUGAUUUCUUCGAAUAGGACAUUGUAGCCAUAUUCGUUGAUAACGGGCAAUAUUCCCACAGUUAUGAUCUGGAAGAGUCGGCUGGCACUUGGUUCCAGGGAUAUACAACCGGAAAUAGCGAUGCCAUCUGAUUGAGCUCGCGUAGGGACCAUGGUAGUAGAAUUAAUAUAUGAUGGAAGUCCAAUCUGGGGAAGAAGGCUUGCUAACCGCCUCUCAAGAGAAAUAUUCGUAGUCGACCUUAGUCGGAAAUCUUUCUCAUGCCGUAAAUCUCGGAGUGUUACGUCGACAGACAUCGGUAAAGCGAGAAGGGUUGCAAUAAGUCUGUACGCAAGGCGUCGGAUUUCUUUUUCAACGUCUGCUUUAGCAGAGAGCAUUACAGCUCGAUGCUUCGCUCUCACGGGCAUCGACCCAAACAAAUCACUAACUGCGACUCGGGUGCCAUGAUCGUGUGCGGAAGACGUUUGCCCAGGAUGUGCUGGGACGUGUCUCGCAAGAAGUUCUCCAUUGCGAACGAUGAGAGAACAGUGAGAAGUAGCGUUCUUUGGCUUCGAUGUAAUUUCUAAAAGGGAUAACGCAGCAACGGAAUAUAGAAACAUGCCCAUUUUGCCGUAAAUCUGCGGAUCUGGAGGAUAGCGUGAUGUAUCUACAGGAGAACAGUCAACCACGUUGUAUUCUCAUUGUCUUCAAGAAGGAUACCUACGGUGCGGUUUCAGGAGCUUUCCCGUCUCCUCAAACUCCCCACGCUCGAUGCCAUGGCCAUCAUCUUCAACUGUGGCGUUCCCACGAACAUAAUCAAGCUGAAUCACGAUUCUAGACGCCCUUGCAUCCAGUGCGUUCCAGACCAGCCCGAUGAUGGCAUCGUUGAGACACGAGAUUGUAGCUGAGGAUUGGAUCUUAUCGACAGCUUCAUCUGGCAGGCGCCUGAUAGACAUGGCGCCAAGCUGACAUACUGCUCUGGUGCUGUUGUCCUACAGGCGUCGGGUUGUGCAGCGUUUGAUGGCGAUGUUUCCGCG